AAGUUCAAUUACGUCUUAGUAAUGUUUUGAUCGAAGAAAGGACGACGAAAUUUGCAGUGAAAUCUGUCACAAAAAUCUUCGAAAAGAGACAUCAACCUUUGAAAACUGAAAUGGAUCUAUAACGUAGAUGUGUUUGGAAUGCAAUUGACGUAUAAAAAUGCAAGAGGUAACCAGAGUUCUCAAUCAGCCGAGUGAAAGAAUGAAGCAAGCAGAAUGAAUGCACGAUCACAGACAUUUGAAGUUUCGGUGGAAGGAAGGCAGGUCGAGGAGGUAGUGUUGAGUCUUCUACACACUCUCUUAUUCCACAGAACAACAGGCAAGUUUCAUUACAAGCAGGAAGGGACAUACGCCAUCGGCACGGUGGGCAUGGUGGACGUCGACUGCGAUUUUGUGGACUUCACCUACGUGCGCUGCCACUCGGCCGAGCUGGACCGCGUGCUGCGCAAGGAGGUCACAGCGUUCCGGGACUCACUGCGGUCCAGCGACGGCUCGCUCAGCAACGGACAGAUUUCACUCGAGUUUUACCAGAAGAAGAAAAACCGCUGGCCAUUUCCCGACGAGUGCAUACCCUGGGAAGUCUGGACAAUUCAGAUUAACAACGUGACACUGUCAAAUGAGCAUGAGAGGCAGCUCUACCGCGAGAAGUUGGGCGAGAUCUUAGGAGAGAAGGUGAUUUGCAUCACGGAAGCCAUGGGCAGACACGACUACCUCCCCAAGGCGCCCAACCAACCCCUGCUGGACACCGUCUAUGACGUCAGCUUCCCCGACGUACAGCCCUACCUGUUCAAGAUCACUCACCAGACGUCAGGGCCAGCGAACACAUCUGUGGGAACGACGAUGAGGAAACUACUCCGCGAUACGCUGGCUUUAUGAUGACCAAGGCAGGGUGAACUUUGCUCCAAAAGGUCAGGUAUAGUGUCAGUGCGUCGCAUAAUACCAAUGGGAAUGAAGAUACAUCUUAAAAGUAAAACUUGGCAUGCAUUCAACUUCUGUAAAUUUGCAAUUCGAAAAGCUUGCCGUCAUGUCACAGAUGUUGCAUUCGCUUUCAUACCAAAAGAGGUGAUUCAUAAUACAGUGCGCUGCCAACAGGUUGCCAUGGAGAGACCAUUUUUUUGCAGUGCAGUAUGGGAAAUGGUUGAGAAAUGCAUUUGCUGUCUGUGUGCUGGGAACUUCAGCUACCCUUGAUGGUUUUUUUUUUCCCUGGUAAGAGGACUGACUCAUAAGUAUCAAUUUUAUGUAAUGCUUUCCUCUUUCCGUUGCGCAGCAUGCCCUGAUCUUUAAAACAUUUCAAGUUGCCAUGUGUAUGUCCGCCAAGAACUUCAAAAAUGGCCUCUUUCUGGCAACCUCUUGGUGUUAUGUUGUGUUGUGAAUCACCUGCAUAGAGGCUUCGCGUGGUAGCCAUCUUGAAGGGCAGCUUUUUUGUUCCACAGGGAAACCUCCUCUGCGUAUAACCUGUGUAACAGAAGCACUAGCCUACAAGAUGGCAGUCAUGCAAACCGUCUAUUAGCCAAUAGCUCUGCAAGUUUCAGAUAGUGGACAUUACCUGUUUGUAACUACCUCAUUGGUUUUCAUGUUGAUGAGCUUGAGGUGAAAAAUUUCACUGUCAUAUGCAGCAGAUUUCAGGUAUCAUUUUUCACCUCUUGAAUUGAGAAAUGGACAUAUGAGGGCAAGUCGGAGGGACGACUACAGUUAACUAAUUCAACUAACACCACCCGAAUGAUGUAUGGUUUGAACUAUCUAGGUCGACCAUGUGGGCCCAGACCCCAGGGUAUGGUCACUCCGCUGGUUAUCAAUAGCCGAUUUCAUUUAUCAUUAUGGAGGGAACCAUUCACACGAAAAUAACUGUAAGAUUUCAGUGACCACGUAUGCUGGGAGAAGUGCGGCCAACAGUUUAGUGUAACGAUGAGAUUUGAAAAAAUAUAUACCAGGGUCAUUCCAGUGUAACUGAAUCGUGCGCUGGCAUUGUUAAAAAAGUAUCCGACUGCUGGUCAAUUUAUUGCUCUUUCCCAAACAUGCUACUCCAAAAGAAAACGUUCGGAAGUUGCAAAAUCAGAGCAAGAUGUGAGAAUUGUCUUUUACCUCCACCCCUUGGCUUUCUUGAAAAUCGUGGUUACCAACAAGUAUUAUACCAAGUGUAAUGUUUGAUUUGGCUGCAAGAAAAGGUGAAAAUCUUGUUGACGCUGUUUUUCUUUAAACCGAAUGCUUUGUCUACUUCUUACUCAAAUGAAACCGAGACUAUUUCAAGAAUCUGGGUUUUUAAGUAAUCAAGAAAAUUGUAUAUAAAGUGGCUGUAAAUGUUGUUUUUAUUUUUUGGACCAAUGUCGUCAAUUUAUUGUUUGUUUAAUAAUGUAUUGCAUUAACUUUUUUCCCCAUGGUAUACGAACCAGUUAGAACGAAGACAUUGUUUCAAUUGUCUGUAUGAACAGGUGCAUUAUAAUCAUGGCCAUAUUAAAAUCUCCUGUACAAUAUUAAAACGUAUGAUUCCUACGUAUUUCAACUGGAUACUUUUCAAAGUCCUCUGAACUGGUUAACUCACCACUGAACAUGACGUGGCAUAUUUUUUUGUGUACAUGUAUUAAACUUUUCAAACUCAAUGUUGUGAACGGGAUUGUAUUUUCUGAAAGUUCCUAAAGAAAAAUCUCUUUAAACUGUACAGUUGGGUUUUGAAGAAAGCGUGACAAAAAUGCGUGUCAUGACGUUGUAGGCGUCGAUGUCGUUGAUCAUAGUGGAAAACUCUUCUAGAAUGUAAUACUCCAAUUUAUCGACAGAAGCUGAGUACAGCGAAGGGUAAUAAAAGAUUCAGCUGUGGAAAAUUCAGAAUUGAA